AUGCUUUCCAGUAACUUGCAGAGCCCUGGCUUCUUUUUACGAGAUAUUGUCGAGCAAAUUGAUAUGCUAUCCCUCCAGAGUUUGACACUCUGUGGAGUUUACAGACAGUCGACUAGCACGGAAGCCUCUGUUCUGCUGGAACCAAAGAAGUACCGGGCCGCAAAAUUUACGUCUCUCCGUCUGAGUGACUACGAAGAGACUCCCGAAGCCACACAGCAGCUUAUCAAUUGGCCUGAAUCAUUGGUCCAUUUCCGCUUCGACAGCUCCUAUAACAAUCCCUUUUACAUGGACCUUCCCAUACUUAGUGAAUGGCUUGCCAUCCACAAGCACACUUUGAAAUCUAUCAAUAUCGGGUACUUGCCAUUUGGUGGAAAUGAACUCCUUCAGGCAUCUGGCUUUCCCAAAUUAGAAGUUCUCACACUUUCAAGAUGGCAGCUUGGAGGCUGGCCUCGAUAUGCCACUGAGAAAUUAGCGUUUUCUAUAUCGCACGCUGACAUAUUGCUUGGUCCCAACCUGCAUACCUUUAUCCUGGACUUCUCAAUCUAUGGUCAACAUUCUGAGGCCUGGACAGAUUUUGGAGAGCAAGAAGAGCACUGGGUAACACCAUUUGCUGAAGCUGCAAUAGAGAGGAAGGCCGCCCUACGGAAGAUCGAUAUUGUUUUUAAGCCGUCCUACAAGAAGAGUACGGAAGGGCAGGGGUAUCCAUGGGACCGCAUGGAUAGGAUCCGUGAUGAGAUUCAACUACAUGGGUUGGUGUUGGAGUAUAAUAAGCCCUGUUUGACGAAAGAGAAGUGGCUGCAGCCACUUAGAGAGAAUCCCUAUGCUUAUCAGACGCCGGCCGAGGGAUGA